AUUGAUAGCGUGGGUUAUUGAACAAGUUUAAAACAAUCUUAAUGGCAUUGGAAUAAGGUUAAAUCAAUUUCAUCUGCUGUUUCUCACCAAUGGCGCAAGAUAGCGAUUGCGAGGGCGAUGAUAGAAACGACGUCGUCUCAUUUCCGCCACGGGCACGGCAGCGCUUCACAACUUCCACCGAAACCCUAACACCACCGUCACUUCCUCCCGCCGGUGACUCACUUCACGCGCCGCCGCUUCCGUUCGACCUCGUGGUGGAAAUCCUCUGCAGACUCCCGGUGAAUUCCCUCUUGCAAUUCCGCUGCGUAUGCAAAUCCUGGAAUUCUCUCAUCUCCGAUCCCAAAUUUGCCAAAAACCACCUCCAUUGUUCACCGCCGGACUUCACCCGCCACCACCUCAUGGGAAGCGACAUCGAGGACGAGGACUCAUACAACUACCGUCUCAAGGCUUACCCUCUCAUCUCUGUUUUCAACGCCGUGCCUUCCGCCGCCACUCACCUUGAGUACCCGCUGAUAUAUACAAGAAUUAUUGAUGAAAUCGUUGGCUCUUGCAACGGCAUCGUCUGUGUUGCCAACCGUCAAGGAGGUUUUGCUGUUUUCUGGAACCCUUCCACUCGGAGAUUCAAAAAGUCCCCACCAUUGCAAAAUCCACGGAUACCUGGUAGUUACACAGUAUAUGGUUUCGGUUAUGAUCAUUUUGCUGACAGUUACAAAGUAGUUGCAGUUUUAUGCUAUAAAAGUGGUGAUGAUGGUCUUUGCAAAACACAAGUGAAAGUUCAUACUUUGGGUACAAAUUGUUGGAGGAUGAUUCAAGACUUCCCUUCAUGUGCCCCUGUUCAAUCAGCAAUAUUUGUGAGUGGCAAGCUUAAUUGGUUGGCAAAUCAGUCUGAAUCUAGGCUUAUUAUUUCUCAGGAUAUGGGGAAGGAGUGUUAUCAACAACUUUUGCUGCCUAAUGAUUAUGGUCAAUAUGAUGGUGGGAAAAAGGCUUUGGAUUUGCGGGAGUUGAGGGAUUGCUUGUCCGUGUCCGUCUAUUCUUUCGAUUCCGGGAGUUGUGAUAUUUGGCUUAUGAAGGAGUAUGGAAGUAAAGAGUCUUGGACUAAAUUAUUCACCGUUCCUAAUCCGGACGGAAGUUUCUCGUUCACCAAACCAUUUCAUAUCUCUAAGGAAGAUGAAGUGCUGGUGGUUAAUGAUGGAAUCGUAUAUCUUUACAAUUCUAGAGACAACACUUUCAAAAUUUUCCCAAUUCAAAAUAUCAAUGAUUGGAUUGUCCCAGUGGUCUAUGUAGAAAGUUUGAUAUCACCUUGUUUUUAAUAUUAGAAUUAUCUCAAUUCAAAACAGCAAUGAUUGGAUUGUCCUAGUGGUCUAUGUAGAAAGUUUGAUAUCACCUUGUUUUUGAUAUUAGGAUUUUGAUGCUAUGUUUGAAGAAUCCUUCAAUCAAUUAACUAGACCUUACAUAUU